AUGAACACAAUUGCUCCAAAGUUGAUUGUUGUUGUUGGUGAGCUUGUUGGUGCUCGUCUUAUUGCUCACGGUGGUAACUUGAUAAAACUUGCAAAGCAUCCUGGAAGCACAAUACAAAUUAUUGGGGAAGAAAAGGCUCUUUUCAGAGCUUUGAAAACAAAGCAUGCAACCCCUAAAUAUGGGGUUAUCUAUGACACAUCCUUGAUUGGCCAGGCUGCCCCUAAUAACUGUAGCUUGGAGUUCUUGAAUUUGUCUAAGAACACUUUGACAGGAUCUAUUCCAAGCAAUGUUGGAGAAUUAAGAGCGAUGAAUGUUCUUGAUUUAAGCGAAAACAAGUUGAAUGGGAGCAUCCCUACUGAAAUUGGAAAAGCUACUUCUCUACAGGAGUUGAUACUGGAAAAGAACUUCAUUGAGGAGAUCAUACCUCCUUCUAUUGAGCAUUGCUCUUCACUCUCAGUACUCAUGCUGUCUUGGAAAGGGGAGUCGGGAUCUAGUCGGGUUAAGUCCCUUAACCCGAUUUACUCAGCCGUUGGGGAUCCGGCUAUGUUUAUUGAGCUUGCCGGCUUACCUCCGUCAGCGGAGGUGAAGAUUCCUGGUGCGGAUGAAGAAGCUCUCGACUGCCCGGAGGGGUAUGUAGUCAUGUACGAGUAUCCGUUCACAAUUGGCUUUAAAUUUCCUUUUACGCCACUAGCUAGGUCUUUCAUCGAGGUUUCCAUUUUGAGUCCGGGUUAG